UGUCACAAGUCACUCACAACUCAGAAAGUAAAAUUAUGUGAACACGUACUCUUUCGCGUGGAGGCUCUGCAAUUAUCGUUCGCAAGAAGUUUCAGACGGAGGAAGAGAUUCUCCGGAGCGUUCUCUCUUCUAGUUUGAAUUAAGAAAUUAGGGUUUUGCUUUAUCCAUUUGUUUCAGAUCUACUCACAAUUCCAAUUUUAAACUAGUUGAUUCAAUAAACCGGAACAAAGAUUCACUGAAUUAUUGUUCAAUUUCGUCUGAAUUCGGGCCGCAGUUGAAUCGAACCAUUUGCGUUUGACGAUUGCGAUCAGACUCGAUUUUGUUUCAGAAUUUGUGGAUUUGAAUCUUUCACGCGCGAACGCGUUCAUGCGUUGCUUUGAAUUCGACUUUUCUCCUCCUUCAUUGAUCAAUAAUAGAUCUUGAAAGUUGGCUCCUCAACGCCGAUCACAGCGCCACAUGGGUGGCCAGAUGCAACAGGGCAGUGCUGCAGCGACUGCUCUGUACGAUCACUCUGGUGGAGGGUCCCUGCACAAUGCAGUUCCCGCCAGUGAUGCUGGAGACGCGGUCAUGGCUCGGUGGCUACAGUCUGCCGGUUUGCAGCAUCUGGCCUCACCCUUGGCUUCCACAGGGAUUGAUAAUCGCCUUCUGCCCAACCUCCUUAUGCAGGGUUAUGGAGCGCAAUCUGCUGAAGAGAAACAAAGGAUUUUCAAAUUAAUGAGAAACCUCAAUUUUAAUGGAGAAUCUGGUUCUGAACUGUACACUCCAACUGCCCAAAGUUUGGGUGGAAUGGCUGCAUCAGAUGGUUUAUACUCUCCGGAGUUCAGGGGUGAUUUUGGGGCAGGGCUUUUGGAUCUUCAUGCUAUGGAUGACACUGAGCUUAUAACUGAGCAUGUAAACUCAGAACCAUUUGAGCCAUCGACUUUUAUGCCUGCUGUCACAAAAGCAUUCGACGGUGACUUCAGUGUGAUGACCAGCCAACAGCAAAGAGGGGAGCCUGAUGCUGUGGCCUCAGUUGGAUUACCUAUAGUUGAAAAGGAUAGCAAUACAAGGGAAAACAAUGUGGCCAAGAUCAAAGUUGUGGUGCGUAAAAGACCUUUAAACAAGAAGGAAGUUACUCGUAAGGAGGAGGACAUUGUAUCUGUGUAUGACAAUGCUUAUUUAACUGUUCAUGAAACCAAGCUAAAGGUUGACUUGACUGCCUAUGUGGAGAAGCAUGAGUUCUGUUUUGAUGAUGUUCUAAAUGAACAUGUUACCAAUGACGAGGUGUACCGUGCUACUGUACAGCCAAUUAUUCCUUUCAUAUUUCAGCGAACAAAAGCUACAUGUUUUGCAUAUGGUCAGACAGGGAGUGGUAAAACGUUCACAAUGCAACCAUUGCCUCUUAGAGCUGCAGAAGACCUCGUCAGAUUCUUGCAUCAGCCAACUUAUCGCAGUCAGAGAUUCAAAUUGUGGCUUAGCUAUUUUGAGAUAUAUGGCGGAAAACUUUUUGAUCUUCUCAAUGAUAGGAAGAAACUUUGUAUGAGAGAAGAUGGACGGCAACAAGUGUGCAUUGUUGGACUACAAGAAUUUGAAGUGUUAGAUGUACAGAUUGUUAAAGAAUAUAUUGAGAGGGGGAAUGCAUCAAGAAGUACAGGCUCCACUGGUGCCAAUGAGGAAUCGUCAAGAUCACAUGCCAUUUUACAACUUGCUGUUAAGAAGCAUGCUGAGAUCAAAGACUCCAAGCGGAACAACGACGGAAAUGAGUCCAAGGGUGGGAAGGUUGUGGGGAAGAUCUCUUUUAUUGAUCUUGCUGGUAGUGAAAGAGGUGCCGACACCACUGAUAAUGACCGACAAACACGGAUUGAGGGAGCUGAAAUUAACAAGAGCCUUUUGGCUCUCAAGGAGUGUAUUCGUGCCCUUGACAAUGACCAAAUUCAUAUUCCAUUUCGUGGGAGCAAACUAACUGAGGUGCUUCGUGACUCCUUUGUUGGCAACUCAAGGACUGUUAUGAUCUCUUGCAUUUCCCCGAAUGCAGGUUCAUGUGAACAUACACUCAAUACAUUAAGAUAUGCUGAUAGAGUUAAAAGUCUUUCCAGAAGUGGAAAUGCGAAAAAGGAUCAAGUACCACCCCCUAACAAGGAUUCUUCAUCUGCAUCAUCUUUCCCUGUAUCUGCUAAUGCAGAGGAAGUUUAUGAGCAACAUCAAGAAAAAGUAGUGGAUACAGGGAGAAGGGUCACAGAAAAAGAAAAUUUGUCAUACAAUCUUGUUGAUUUUGACAAGAAGCCCUCUAGUUUUCCAUCAAAUUAUCAAUUGAAUGGGCGGGAGGAUAGCGGGGUCACUUCUAGUGCUGUGGAAAGGGAAAGGAAUGAUAUUAAAAAUGUUUAUGGUGGUUCCACAACUCAAAAGUUGUAUUCAUCUUCAUAUUCCCAAAACUCAGUUGAUACAGAAGAAAAGGUGCAGAAGGUAUCUCCACCUCGAAGAAAAGCUUAUAGGGAUGAAAGCGGGGUAACUUCUAGUGCUGUGGAAAGGGAGAGGAAUGAUAUUAAAAAUGUUUAUGGUGGUUCUACAACUCAAAAGAUGUAUUCAUCUUCAUAUUCCCAGAACUCGGUUGAUACAGAAGAAAAGGCGCAGAAGGUAUCUCCGCCUCGAGGAAAGGCUAAUAAGGAUGAGAAAACCGAAAAACUGGGGAAUUGGCUGAAAAAGGAAAACAGUGGAUCGGAUCUUCCUACAAGCUACAAGCAGCAAAACCCGAGCAAUUCUGUUGCAAACAAUGUUGCAUCCAGACAAUAUGAACCUGGACCUACUCAUGAUGAGAAUAUCAAUGAAAUACUCCAGGAAGAAGAGGCCCUGAUUGCAGCCCAUAGAAAAGAAAUUGAGGACACAAUGGAGAUAGUUCACGAAGAAAUGAAACUUCUGGCUGAAGUAGACCAACCAGGCAGCUUGAUUGACAAUUACGUGGCACAGUUGAAUUUUUUACUCUCACGCAAAGCAGCAAGUCUGGUCAGUCUUCAAGCUCGCCUUGCCAGGUUCCAGCAUCGGCUAAAAGAACAGGAGAUACUGAGUAGAAAAAGAGUUAUCCGCUGAGGCAGUACUUUGCCAUUCUGAUGCAGCAAACGCUUCAAUUUCCUUCCCUGAGGAACCAAGGCACUGCAGGCUCAGUAGAAACAUUGUGGAAUAUGAUCGAUUAUUCCUGCCAAGUUUUGAUGGGCUAGUGGUGUUUGGCUCUGGUGGUGAUCUCAGAACAAAAAUUUCUUUUCUGAAAGAAAGGUGAAAUAGAUACUAUUAGUGAUUUCUGUGUAAUGAUAUAUGUGAUCUUGCCUAUAAUGGAUGUCCUAAAGAAUUGCAUUUGUUUCAAUUAUGAUACUUAAUGAUAAUUUGAGGAAUGGGAGGAAAAUAACUGCAUCAUUUUAGUUUUAGAUAUUACAAAAUAUAAAAUAAAGAUUUUUCCGUUCGUUUGGUUGUAAAA